AUGGCAAGCUCCACAGCACACACCAGCCACCCAACUGGCCACUGUCGCGCCCAGCGUCAAGCUCUAGAGUAUUAUUCCACCGGUGCAUCAACAAUCGCAAUCCCCGAAACCGUCUUAUCAGAAGCACAAGAGUACGACUGGGCAGCCUGCUACAACGAGGUCGAAAGGUGGCAUACACCGGAGCCUGAAUCGAUUCAUGAACAAGGCAUGUGCGUGCAAGGCUGGUGUUGCCGUGCAGGUGUGCUGAUGGUGAAUGACAGAAAAGAAGAAUGCGACGCCGGUCAGGGUGUACAAGGAGAAUGAUAAGAGUGAGGGCGCGAAGCUUUGGUGCUUGAAGGCGGAGAAGGAUGGGGUGUGUACAGGGUGUGGUGGGAAGAGGUUUGCUGCACGUUCUUGA